AUGUAUCUUUCCACAGUCGUUGCUACGAACGCCUUGUUGGCAUCGGCUACGGCUGCCAACCUCAUUACCGAUAUCAAUCAAAUCCAGAAGUACUGGGGAGAAAUGACUCCUUAUGCUGAUAACGAAGAGGAUUAUUUCGGUGUAGAAUAUGUCGGACUUCCAGAAGGUUGUCAAGUUGUCCUCCAAAGACAUGCGGAGCGUUUUCAGACCGAUUCUGUAGACGAUGGUGCGAAUGAUGAGCGUUUUGCUGAGAAGGUUUCCAAUUUCACCUCAACGUCUUCCAAUGCGACUUUCACAGGCCCUCUUUCUUUUUUGAACUCUUAUAAGUACCCUAUGGUCGACAAUGGUCUUUUGACUGGAGUGGGCGCAAUUACCGAAUUUACUGCUGGUGUUUCGUUUUGGAAUCGUUACGGCAGAAUUUUAUAUGGUGCAUCCGCUGGACAACUUGCCUACGAUCCUCUACACGCCAACGGCACUGCACGCCCCAAGGUCACCUUACGCACAACCUCACAAUCAAGAAUCGAGAACAGCCAAAUUAACUGGGCAUUAGGAUUUUUUGGUCCUAGUUAUUCCGCCAUCCCAGAUCCUACUUUUGAAAACGUGACCACAGGAUUCGAUGUGGUGAUAAUCACUGAAGGAGGAAGCGACAAUAAUAAUACCUUGGCAUCAUAUUACGGUUGUUCCAAUGACAACACUGACGGAAUUUGGAACAUUGGAGAUUAUGACAUUUACACUUAUCUUCCCAAAUAUUUGAGCAGUGCGACCAAAAGAUUACAAAAAUAUGCACCUUCUGGUUUCGAAUUAACAUAUAACGAUACUUAUGCUAUGCAAAGUAUCUGUGCAUAUGAGCAUGCAUACAUUGGCAUGAGUGCCUUCUGCGGGCUAUUCACCGAGGAUGAGUGGGCCGGGUUUGAGAGUACAUUAGAUAUGAUAUACUGGUACGAUUAUUCGUAUGGAAAUCCCACGGGACGGGCUCAAGGAAUCGGCUAUGUCCAAGAGCUCCUCGCGCGUCUCCAACAUCAAUACAUUCCCUUCUCAAAUUCCUCCGUAAACUCCACCCUGGACGAUAAUCCAACCACAUUCCCAUUGGACCAAAAGUUCUACGCCGAUUUCUCCCACGACGACAUCAUCAUCUCCGUUUUGGCAGCAAUGGGUAUGGAUUAUUUCAGAGAGGCCCCAAGCCUUACACAAUACCCACCCAACCCAGAUAGAAAUUUCAUCAUCUCUCACAUGACUCCCUUCGGCGCUCGUCUCGUGACGGAGACCAUCGGCUGCAGCUCCGCCGACCCAUUCCCUGAAAGGACUUCAAAGGUUCAUUAUACACCUACUCAAUAUGGCUAUGACUCUGCCAAUGCCACGAACAAAUUUAUUAGAAUGAGACUCAAUCACGGUAUCCUUCCAUUAGAUUCGAUUCGAGGCGGUGCGUGCAAGGGCAGAAUAGAUGGAAUGUGUGAAAUGGAAAAGUUCUUGGGGAGUCAAAGUAAUGCCACCGCGAUGGCAAACUAUGAUUAUGUCUGCUUUGGAAACUAUACCAUUGCGAAUAUUACGAGUGGGGAGGACUAUGAUGGUACUUUGUUUGAAUAG